CUGAUAAUAAGCCGCAGGGAUUCAUCGAAGAAGAGGAGGCGACCAUGUUGAUUUAAAGGAAGAAGAAACACAAUAGAGACGAAUUAUUUCAAGAUAUUUUCAGCUUAUUUAGAAGAAAAUUGUUAAUUCACCGCACUCAGAGCAUCGCUCGUACAAUAACGCAGCUUUUCAGGUGGGACGUUUGAGUCAUCGGUCUGGAUCUUUUGGAGGCGGGGAGUUUGCGGCGCUGCACGCUUCAGGCCGACCGGAUCAUCCCUGCUGUCGACGGAGAGGAGGAGGAAUAAACCCGGAGCACAACGGAAACGCACUGAGGACUUCAAGGGCAGAAAGCUUCUCUGCUUUGGACUAAAAUCCUUGUUGGAUCUUUAUUUUUUUUUUCCACACAUGAAGCAACAGAACCUCUCCCAGUAGAGGUAAAUGAAAUACUGGCUUUCUGGGGACGACUGUGUAAAAAGUUGAACUUCCUGUUCUCUGGAUCAGGGACAUGCAGCAGCUCUCUGGGACUGGCAGUAAAACUCAGAGAUAUUAUUGACGAUAGAAACUCAUUUUGGUGCAGAUUGCCUUAGUUGUUCUGUUUCAGGACUGGAACCACUUCAAUGCUUGUUCACGUAUAAUUUUUCUAUAUCGUGGACGAGUCUAUUUCUGCACAUGGUUGCAGAUUUCUCUUCAUUUGGAAGAGUUUUUGUGUAAAAACUAGUUUUGUUUUUGUCGGCUGUGCAGCGGUCAGUGUGAUGAGCUGCAGCUUCCUGUUUAUAUGUAAAUAUUACUGAGCCAUUUCUCUGCAAAGCGCUUCGAACACACAGAGAAUAUUGUUGAACGCUUUAUUAAACUUUAGGAUUUUUUACUGACGACAAUUUAAGAGGCAAAAAUCUAAAAAAACAAACAGAAGUUCAGGAAAAGAUGGCAACAGCCCGAACGGAAAACCUCGGUCCGGUUGUGAUGGGACUGAAUAAGCAGAACGGGCAGCUCAAAGGACAGACCAAACCUGCUGCAGGACCCCCAGCAUCAACUCAAGGAAAGAAUCCAGCUGGGAGCAACCAGGAUGGCGGAGGAAUCAAGUUUGGAGACGACUGGAAGAAAUGCCUACAGCUCCCCCCGAAGGACAACAGGGUCAAAACCUCAGACGUCACGGCAACCAAGGGCAACGAGUUUGAAGAUUACUGCCUGAAAAGGGAACUCCUGAUGGGAAUCUUUGAGAUGGGCUGGGAGAAACCGUCGCCGAUCCAGGAGGAGAGCAUUCCCAUCGCGCUGUCCGGGCGCGACAUCCUGGCGCGAGCGAAAAACGGGACGGGGAAAAGCGGCGCCUACCUGAUCCCGCUGCUGGAGCGGAUAGACCUGAAGAAGGACCACAUACAGGCCAUCGUCAUGGUGCCCACACGCGAGCUGGCGCUGCAGAUGAGCCAGAUCUGCAUCCAGCUCAGCAAACAUCUGGGCGGAGUCAAAGUGAUGGCGACGACCGGAGGAACCAACCUGAGGGACGACAUCAUGCGCCUGGACGAGACCGUGCAUGUCGUCAUCGCCACGCCCGGCCGCAUCCUGGACUUGAUAAAGAAAGGCGUGGCGAAGGUGGACCGCGUCCAGAUGAUGGUGAUGGACGAGGCGGACAAGCUGCUCUCUCAGGACUUCGUGGUUCUCAUCGAGGACAUCAUCAGCUUCCUGGCCAAGAACCGGCAGAUCCUGCUCUACUCUGCAACCUUCCCCAUCAGCGUCCAGAAGUUCAUGGUGAAGCACCUGCAGAAACCGUAUGAGAUCAACCUGAUGGAGGAGCUGACCCUGAAGGGCAUCACCCAGUUCUACGCCUAUGUGACGGAGCGCCAGAAGGUCCACUGCCUCAACACGCUCUUCUCCAGGCUGCAGAUCAACCAGUCCAUCAUCUUCUGUAACUCCACCCAGCGGGUGGAGCUGCUGGCCAAGAAGAUCACGCAGCUGGGAUACUCCUGCUUCUACAUCCACGCCAAGAUGAUGCAGGAGUACCGGAACCGCGUGUUCCAUGACUUCAGGAACGGGCUCUGCAGGAACCUGGUCUGCACCGAUCUCUUCACCAGAGGAAUCGACAUCCAGGCUGUGAACGUCGUCAUCAACUUUGAUUUCCCUAAAAAUGCAGAAACGUACCUCCAUCGCAUCGGGAGGUCAGGGCGGUUCGGCCACCUGGGCCUGGCCAUCAACCUGAUCACCUCGGAGGACCGCUUCAACCUGAAGGCCAUCGAGGAGCAGCUGGUGACCGACAUCAAGCCCAUCCCCAGCAGCAUCGACAAGAGCCUCUACGUGGCCGAGUACCACUCCGGGCCCGUCACCGACGGCGACGAGGCGGAGGAGAAGCCGCCGCGCCAGCAGGACAGCACCUAAAACAGAGCAUCGUGACACUCCGGGCUUCACCAGACAUCUUUGCUCCACGCUACUCUUCAUCAUCUUCCUCCUCAUCCCUCGCUUCCAGAACCUUCCGGCUGGUUCCUCACAGUUCUGCUUGUUGUUCUGCACCGGCUCCAAACUGGACUCCAAACCGGGCCGUGCACGCCCGCCGCCCCCUCACCCGCCCCCCGAUGCCGCCGCCGUUCUCACUUAAGUGCCUUACUUCCUCCCUGGCGCACGCUCCCCCCCCGUCCUGCUGCAGCAGCAGAGCACAAGCAGCAACCCGUCGCAGCGCCCGUUAUGCAACAAACCCACAACCCGCCACCUGGUCCUGCCCGGACGCCGCUCUCCGAGGUGUCGCAAUAAAAAAAUGGCAGCUUUCUUUAAA